ACGUAUACAUUCUUGUGUACCUCUAAGAACCCCCCUCCCUUCUCAUAUAGACAUGACAAAACAGCCCGGCGAUCGAUUGGCCGUGGCCAUCGGUCCAAAGGCAGAUUUGCCAGCAAUGAAUUUGGCACAAUUUGCAUUCUCUAAUCCGUUUCAACAUAGUCCAAAUACCUAUGCCUCUCCGAGCACGAAAAAGAUCAAUAAAGGGCAUUCAUUCGAUGGACUCCCUAUUCCACCUCAAUCUACAAUCAUGUACGAUGCUAAAACGGGAGCUGCGAUCACUUGGGAACGUUUACGUGGUGAUAGUCUACGAAUGGCCCGUUCGAUCAAUGCAUUAGUUGGACCGGAAUUGCCUUUUGAUGGCCAAGAUAAUGAUGUUCCAAUUCACUCACCACGUACUACAGUGAUGGUAUGUUUGCCAAAUUGUAUGCCUUAUGCUUCCAUCGUCUUGGGAGCAUGGUCUGCACUGUGUACAGUAACGACGGUCAAUUAUCUCUUGAUGCCUGAUGAAUUGGCACAUAUCCUUGCCAAAGCUCGACCUCAACUUAUAUUCUGUGCUGCAGGAGAAGAAGGCGAAGAAAGAAUGUGGCAAGCAUUAGAAAGAGUUCAUAAUGGAAAGGUGACAAAUUUGACUCCCGCAAUUGCUGAACGUGCACAAAAGUGGGCAAAAGAAUUAGCAAGCGUUUGGCAAGCACAACGAACGAGGUAUUAUCAGAGAGGAGAUUUACCACCAAAUGCAGCCAAAAGGGUGUUCACUGUGAAUGUCGGUGCAACACAUGCUGGAGGAGUAGAUUACUACGGUAGCAGUGCAAGAAAAGAUGGCGCUUCUGCUUUGUCCGAUCCGAACGAUUGGUCACAUCUUCUCUCACCACCGCAAGGGCACAAGCAAUCUGGCGCUUUAGACAGCCUUUCUCGACCUGCUUUCGCCAUCCGAAAACUAUCUAGAGCUGAACAGCGUAGACGGACAGCGUUGAUCUUGUGGAGUUCAGGAACGACUGGACCAAGCAAAGGUGUUUUGUUGAGUCACUUCGGUUUCAUUUCUUCGAUUUACUCAGGUUGGACUUCUUUACCGAUCUUGCAUGGCCCUACACACGGAGGAGAAAGAUGGAUCGCAAUGGCCCCCUGGAGUCAUAUGUAUGGCUUGACUGUGAUUUUGAUACCUGCGAUCACGACAGGAGCAACGGUGAUUAUUCCAGCUAAUCCAAGAUUCGAUUUAAAAGACUACCUUUCUCUCGUUCAACUUUAUCGUAUUACACAUAUGCACAUUUCGCCGCCAGUCGUUGUUCAUCUGAGAAAUUUGAUCGUCGAACAAAAACGACAAGGAAAGCUCAACCCCAAAAUCUUGGACACCGUCCGGGCAAUAUGUUGUGGUGGGGCACCAACUUCAAACGCUGCCAUUCAAACGAUCUUUAAUGCGAUGGGCAAACCUGUCCAUCAAGCAUACGGAAGUACGGAAGCAGGAUCAACUUCACAUGCAACAGCAACGGAUUAUGAAGAAAGCAACACAGCCGCACAAAUGGAAAUCGGAAGUGUAGGAGCGCCAAUGACAAACGUAGAAAUUGCCAUUCAUGCCAUUCCCGGUUGUUUGACGGCAGAAGAAACCAAACGUAGACGUCAAGACAUCAUUCUUCAAGUUGAAAGUACUGGUUUAGAUGGAAAGAAAAGGCUGCAUGCUUUGCAUGAAGGAUUGCCAGGAGAGAUUUGGGUUCGAGCUGGCUCGAAUAUGCAAGGCUAUUAUUCUGGUCUAGGUUCUGACGACAAUGUCCAAACCGAAACAUUUUCUGGUGCUUUAGACCUGACCAAUACUACUAAUUCGAUCACCAAAGAUGGUUGGUUCAAGACAGGUGAUGAAGGCGUUCUCGAUGCUCAUGGACAAUUAUGGAUCGUCGGCAGGUUGAAAGAGUUGAUCAAAGUGAAAGGAUUCCAAGUGGCUCCUGUUGAAUUGGAUAGCGUGUUUGGCAAACAUGAAGAAGUGAAUGAUGCUGCUGCAGUUGGCGUUUUGGAUGCAGAUCAAAGUGAAGAGAUUUGCAUGUACGUUGUACCAAAUCAAACUUCCAUCUUACAAGAAGAAAAAGCCCAAAAAGAAUUCGUUCAAAGGUUAACAAAUUAUAUCGUCACUUUAGCCGUUUAUUAUAAAUGGCCAAAAUAUUUUGUCAUUUGCGAUAAAAUUAUCAAAAAUCCAUCUGGUAAAAUCUUACGAAAAGAUUUGCAUACUAUCAAGGGAAUUCGACAUAUUGCACCAAGACCAUCACAAAAGAUGCCAGUGAUGAGAGAAGCAAGGUUGUGACAAUGUACAAUUACCCACGUGAUUGAUGUGAUGAUAUUCUAUCUUUUGUUGAAAUGACUGCCGAUGCGGUGAGUUGUUGACCGUUGAAGAACCCCAUGCACGAUUUUCUCGGGAGACAAAAGCCAAUGCCGAACAAAAGAUGGCAUGGAAGUAAAAGCUGUUUUUUAUGUAUUGCAAAUACGCUAGAGGUGUGUAUGGUGUUGUUCUUUUCAUUUGUUUUAAGUGC